AUGACGCAGUCCCCAAUAGGCGCACAUCUCGCGCCGCGAGACCUCCCCCCUCCUGCACCCGCACAAGACCCGCGCGAGCCCCCCUCGUCCACACCCCGCAAAGGCAGCCGGACACCCCAACCCAUCUCACCCGUCCCCUCCCGCGGUGCCUCUCCUCAGCGGUCCACCAGCGGCGCAGCGGGCGGCUCCAACAUCUUUGGCUCGGGCAUAGACCGCGCGCCGUCACACGAAGGCAUGCCUAUGGGUUCCGCUAUGCCCCUCCCCCUCCACGCGCCUACCCCCAAGUAUGCCUCUCCCAACCAAGGCAUUGCGCAUCCCCACCCUAUCCCGCACCACCACCACCUCUCCCGCCCUUCCUCUGCGUCCUCGAUGCACUCGUCCACCUCAGCCAUUUUUGAGCGGGAUAUCGAGCACCCGUCCACCGCUUCGUCCCUCACUCUCAACCCCGCGGUAUCGCCCGUCAACCCGGUGCUAUCGCACAAACCCUCCCGCCUUGGCUUUGUCCACGGCUCAGCCCUGGACUUUAGUGUCCCCGCUGUACUCGACGAUGCGGUCGAGGCGCUCACAGCCACCUCGCGCGGCAUUGAGGGGCUGGAGAUUGAGGCUCCGGCGCCUAUGGCGAUGGGCGGAACAGGAAUGGCGCGCGUUGCGUCCGGUAUGUCAGGGCGGAAGGCUUCUUCUACUUCACCUAUGGCUUUGAGCCAGACGCAGCCCCGCUCGGGAUCGUCCAGCCCUAUCUCGACUACGUCGGGGGUAUCAUCCCUCCCGCAGUCCCCGCCUAUCCUCGCUCAACUGGGUACGGGCGCUGCCGUCAUCGGCACGGGCAAGUCCUCGCCUGCGCUCAGCCCCACGUCGUCAGACACCAAGUCGCCGCUUUCGCUGGACGGGCCAAAGUCCGGAGUGGCGGACAUCAAGUCGGAGCCGCUCAAGGAUGAGCCGACAGCUCGGCCGGUUCGGCCUGCUGCGCCCACGCGAAUGAGCACGGGCAAGCAGGUUCCGGGUGGCUGGCUGUCUUCCUGGACGCGGGAGGAGGAGGAUGCCCCGACCGAGGCGGUGCAAAUGGGUGAGGGACAUGCGCAUCCCGGUCCCGGCGAAGUUGGUGUGGGGCUGGAGCGUACCGCCGGUCUUCUUGGCGAGCAGGAGCGAGUAGUUCCAGUCGAAGAGCUGCCCUCUCCUCCAUUGACCACCAACGUUCCCCUGUCUCACCCGCCCUCAUCCCCCCCUCCGGCCUCUGCGAUCCCGCACCACCUCACCCCCUCGCACCCUUCCUCUUCCGUACACAACGCGGACCCCAAGCGCCGCAUCUCCUUCAUCUCACCGACCGACCUCCUCCUUUCCGUCCCGACGUCCGUCACGUCGCUCGGCGAGAUUGCGUCUGGUAAUCUCAGCCCAGAGCACGUGCAUAUCAACGGAGCAGGCAGUCCGGCGAUGGGCCGCAGUCCGCGCAUGAGCACGAGCGGGGAGGAGGAGGGCAAGACGAGUGGGAUGUGGGCGAAGGAGGGGGAUGCGGCGGGCGCGAAGGGAGAGUGGGGGAGAGAGGGGCUGGGCAGGGGGUUGGAGCAGAGGUUGGAGGAGCUGGAGAUGGCGGGUCAGGGGGCUUGA